AUGCCGUCCUUCUGCUCUGUCGGCCCUGCCAUCCAGAAACCCUGCGUUGUGCACAGCCUCGUCACCACCUCAGGUAAAACAGACCAUGUCAUCAUGCCUUGGGACCUCAUGGGGUUGAAGCAACUCCUUUGCUACAGUGCCAUCGUGAGGCCGCAGUACGAGUGCUCCGGCCAGGACCCUCUCGAUGAGUGGGGGCCGAAGGGGACAGUCCCAGCGGCGCUCCGAGACCCUGCUGCGGUGCGGGCAACGUGUCCCUGCAGCUCCCGAGGGAACAUAAGAGUCAAUGCUGAAUGGCUGGUGGCCGUUUUCUGUGCAGCCCUGAACAGCAGCACGUGGCAGAGCCUGCCUCACCAGAAGGCACUGAAAUUACUCAGUGACCUCUGUUUUCCUGAACGCUGCCCCAUCUGUGCAGAGCAGAAAAUUUCCUGCCCAUGGUUUGUGUGCAAGAGUUUUGUCAACUAAGGUUUUGCUGCUUCAAUGACUCAAGAGGAAAUGUUCUCCUGGUUUGACCUGACAGCUGCACAACUGAGUCAGUCUCCCUUUAGCCAGCUGCUAGAAGAGAGCGAGCUUGUCCAGUGCCAUCUUGCUCGACUAUACCAGGCAUCCUUUGGAGGUGAGCUGAGCAGCACCAAGACAUCUCUUACUUCAGCUGCAGUGGAGCCUGGUGUGACUCUGAAUGACAAAUCUCCAUUCUCCACAGCUGCUUCCAACAUUUUCUCAGAGAUUUCAGAGGAAACUGCUGACUACGAUUCUAAAUCCUCAUAA